UCCCUGGAGCUGGGGUUAUUAGGCUCACUUGGCAGCUCUCUCGGGAGCCAGAACAGAACACCACCAUGAGCUCUAGGGUCCCAACACUGAGAGCCCUUCUGGUCCUCUUGGGUGUUGGAGGAGCUCGAGUGCUGGCAACGGACAAGUCUGCUGGGACUGAGAUUGAUUUCAAAUACGCCCUCAUUGGUAUGGCCUUGGGAGUCGCCAUAUCUGCGGGUUUCCUUGCCCUGAAGAUCUGCGUGAUCCGGAGACAUUUGUCUGAUAGUGACUCUGCAGACCUGAAGAACACGCCCCAGGACCCCAUGCUACAGAAGACAAGAAACCCCAGGAAGAGAAGCCCCAGAGAUGCCCAGGUGAUCGAGCUGUGAGUGGCCAGCUGCAUCGGGAGAGGCUUUAGGUGUUUUGGGUCUGAACACCCGAGGCUGGUGACGGAUCAUUACAUGGUCAGGCACUAAAAGGACUCCAAUCAACAGCACCUCUGUCCUGAGGGACUAUAUCACGCCUGUUCUGCAGGAGUGUCCGUACAGGAGGAGAACAUGACUCGGCAGCAGGGGACAAAGAAACCCCAAAUCCAUAUUUCCCAUCCUACGUGCUUGUGUGGGAGCUGUGCACACUUGUACAACAGCAUUGUAUCCACAUCAGUGGAGAACCAUCCAUCCCACACGGAUUGCGGAAAUGGGAACCAAGCCGAGACAGUUUCCUCAGCACCACGGGGUUAUAACCCUCUAGACUCAGGCCUCGCAGACUUAGCAGCCAGGAGACUCCCACUUAUAAGACGAACCACGUGAGCAUUCAGGGGAGCAUGGAACUGAUAAGCCAGUGUCCAGUGCUAUCAGUGAAAGGCUGUCCUUGUAAGGGAGGAGAGGACAAACCAAGCCAGAGUGAGGGGAAGAAAAUCAACAGCCCUGGGAAAGGCCUUGGACCUGAAGCGCUGCAAAUGAAUGCGGGUGUGGUCAAGAGCAAGCCGGCCUGGCGUCUCACAGAGAGCACAAGAACGCAGGCUGGCAACAUGGCCCUCAUACAGUGAACACAGGGCUUGCAGGAAAGGCCUCGGGAAACAAACCCUGGUCAUGCUCCUCUUCCCGAUACAAGACCAGGACACGGGCUCUGUGAACAUUCCCACGCUGCCGUCAUUUCUGGUUUGGGAGACUCUGCUUUUCCAUUCUUCGAGAAGACAGGUGGCCGUGUGGACUGGGUCUGCUCAGAUGGGGUUCCCUCCAUCAUACUAUGCUGGAAGAUUAGCUGGCUUUUCAGAACCAAGUGCCGCAUUACAAUAAUGUCUGGAGUCCCAGGGUGUCUUUUGUCUGACUUGACAACAGGGCUACUCAUUAGCAGCUUUUGCUAACUGAUCACCUCAAGCAGUUACA